UGGAUGUAUGACUCGAGUAAUAUAGCGGCUAUUAUUUAAAGCAUUACCAUCCCAUUUUAAAAAAUAAAUAAGUUUAAAUCUUCAAAAAAAUAGUAUCUCAAAAAAGCAUAACAAUUAGUCCAUUAUUGUGAUUGACCCGGUGAUCAACCUGUACAUUCCCCAUCUAAAUAUCAAUCAUAUGUGUGGUGACGGCAUCCCUGGAUCAUUUCACUCUCACCUCAAAAGAUGCAAUGUGUUAUUCGUAACACCAAUCAGAUAUAUGUGGCUAUUACAACAACAUAACCCAUGAGGUAAGCGGUUCAUGCAUGAAGUUAUUUUCCUAGAUUCGAUCUCCAUCCAUGUCUUUACAUUAUUGCAUUUGAACCACAUUUUUCUUUUGGAAACUUAAUCUUGUUUUGUUUCCUUGAUCUGAUGUUGGUAUCUGGUAUGGUCUUUUUAUUUCUUUGAUUGGUGUAUAAAGAAACAAGCCUUAUGUGAUUUGUGAUUUGUACUUUCCAUGUUUCUAUGACAAUAAUAUAUUUCACAUACUAGUAGUUUUUUAUUAGAUUAUUAUUCUUGUUUUUAAUUAUUCGUGUUCCAUGUAUUAUAGCUUUAAAUCGAUGAAAAUGGUUGUGGCUAUGUUAAUAACAAUGGCAGCUAAACAGUUAAGUCAUCAUGGGUGAUAUGUAGGGAUAGGAUGCAGGCAGUUUUUGGUGCAAAUUGAUAUUAAUAUAGAAGUGUUGAAAGGGUGGCUUGGUAAAUUUUGGAUCAACAAAUAUGGCCUUAGGUAAAUACUCUAGGAUUGAUGAUAAGAAAUCGUCGCCUUCUCAUUGUUCAAAGGCAACUGUAGUGGUUGUGAUAACCCUUUGUAUAAUUGGGGUGUGGAUGAUGACAUCAUCGUCUUCUGAAGGUGUGUCUUCUCAGGAGAGAUAUAACGAAUCUAAGACACAAGCGAGUGAGGGUAAUGGGAACAGUUUAACUAAUGAAGAAAAAACAAAACCUUUCGAGGACAAUCCGAGUAAUUUACUUGUUGAUGAAGCUAAUAAGGAUGCUCCUUUUCAACAAGAAAAUGUUACAAAUGUCCAAGAUGCAACAACCGCAAGAGAAAACCCGGGGGAGAUUGUAGAGAAACCCGAAGGUGAAUCUAAAGGACUGCCGGAUAAUGUGGAAGAGAAGAAUGAAAAUGAAGCAUUAAAGCAAGGGGAUAAAGAGUCUGAAGAAGCGAGAGAGAAAAUUGAAGGUGAGUCCAAGGGUGUACCUGAAAAUAUGGAGAAAGUUGAAGGUGAAUCCAAGGGUGUGUUGGAUAAUGUGGAGAAAAGUGAAGGUGGAUCUAAUGGUGUGCCAGAUAAUGUGGAGAAAACUGAAGGUGUGACCAAUAGUGUGCCACAUAAUUUGGAAGACAAGACGGAAAGUGAAGCAUCGAAGGGAGGGUAUAAGGAUUCUGGAGAAUCAGGAGAAAAAAGUGAAAACAAGUUUGUUGAAAAUGGUGCUGAGUUAAAGCCAGAAGAAGCUUAUACUCAUAAUACAAAAGGUGGCGAUGACAAGGGAAAUGGUAUAACAGAAGAGAAGGUUGCAGAUAAAGAAGAUCACGAAAGUUCUCCUAAUCAAUCUCCACUCCCAUCAGAUGUACCAAACAUAAAAGAAGCACCUAUUAGGGAGCCUUUAAAUGAAGAUCCAAUGGAGAAAAAAGAUUAUGUGACUAAUGUACUUCCUUCAGCGGAUCAAUCUGAACAUCUAAAUGAAACCAAAACACAAAAUGGGGCAUUUUCAACCCAGGCAGUAGAGUCAAAGAAUGAAAAAUUAGCAGAGUCCUCUUUUGAUUUGGCUAAAGAAAAAGAGUACACUUGGAAACUAUGCAAUGUCACAGCUGGACCUGAUUUCAUCCCCUGCCUUGAUAAUAUAGAAGCCAUUAAGAACCUCAAGAGUACAAUGCAUUAUGAACACAGGGAGAGACAUUGUCCAAACAAUCCCCCCUCCUGUCUCAUUCCUCUCCCUGAAGGAUAUCAACGCCCAAUUAAGUGGCCCACAAGUAGGGAAAAGAUAUGGUACCACAAUGUUCCACAUACCAAGCUUGCAGCAUAUAAAGGACAUCAAAAUUGGGUUAAAGCUAAUGGCGAAUACCUUACCUUCCCGGGUGGUGGAACUCAGUUUGUUCAUGGUGCUCUUCAUUAUAUUGACUUUAUACAGCAGUCUGUGCCUGACAUUACCUGGGGGAAACGGGCACGUGUUGUAUUAGAUGUCGGGUGCGGCGUUGCUAGUUUUGGAGGCUACCUUUUUGAUAGAGAUGUAUUAACAAUGUCACUUGCUCCAAAAGAUGAGCAUGAAGCUCAGGUGCAGUUUGCACUGGAAAGGGGCAUUCCUGCUAUCUCUGCUGUCAUGGGUACAAAGAGACUUCCCUUCCCUGGUAGAGUCUUUGAUGUUGUCCAUUGUGCACGGUGUAGGGUACCAUGGCAUAUUGAAGGCGGGAAGCUUCUCCUAGAACUGAAUCGUCUGCUCCGCCCGGGUGGUUUCUUUGUGUGGUCUGCUACCCCAGUCUACAGAAAGGUUCCAGAGGAUGUUGCGAUUUGGGAAGCGAUGACGAAUCUUACCAAGUCAAUGUGUUGGGACUUAGUUUCAAUUACCAAGGACAAAGUUGAUAAUAUAGGCAUUGCUAUGUACAGAAAGCCUACUUCCAAUGAGUGUUAUGAACAUAGAUCACAGGCUGAGCCUCCACUCUGUCAAGAAUCUGAUGAUCCUGAUGCAUCCUGGAAUGUGCCUUUACAAGCUUGCAUGCACAAAGUGCCCAUGGGUCCACUAGAACGAGGGUCUAAGUGGCCAGAAGUGUGGCCCGGGAGGUUGGUAAAAUCUCCUUAUUGGUUACAGAAUUCCCAAGUAGGGGUGUAUGGAAAACCAGCAUCGGAGGAUUUUGUUGUCGAUUAUCAACAUUGGAAGCGAGUGGUAACCAAAACUUACCUCAAUGGAAUGGGCAUUGAUUGGUCUAGUGUGCGAAAUGUCAUGGACAUGCGUGCCAUCUAUGGAGGAUUUGCUGCAGCUUUGAAGGAGUUGAAUGUAUGGGUUAUGAACAUUAUUUCUGUAGAUGCCCCUGACACGCUACCCAUAAUUUAUGAGAGGGGCCUUUUUGGAAUUUACCAUGACUGGUGUGAAUCAUUCAGCACAUACCCUAGAUCUUAUGAUCUUCUCCAUGCUGAUCACCUCUUCUCCAAAAUUAAAACAAAGUGUGGCCUACCGGCAUUAGUGGCAGAGGUUGAUAGGAUUCUGAGACCAGAUGGAAAACUCAUAGUUCGUGACAGUUUGAUUGUUAUAGGCGAGUUGCAAACUAUGUUAAAGUCAAUGCACUAUGAGAUUCGAAUGUUGUAUUCGAGGGACAAGGAAGGACUGCUAUGUGUAAAAAAGACAAUUUGGCGCCCCGAUGAAGUGGAGACACUUACUUAUGCUAUUGAUUGAAACUAAACAUGAAUAUCUUGUACCUCACUAGGUUGGGUUCGAUCUAUAUUGUGGCUAUGGUGGAUGGUGGGAUGCAGUCUAGGGUAACCUACUUUUUCCUUCAAUUUUGUAGCGUACUUUUUUCAUUUUUCUUAUUGAGUCCAUCCGAUAUUGCUUUAAUUAUGCUAUAGUCACUCUUCAGCCCACCACCACAAUCCAAAUUUUUGGAUCCACCCAUAUAAUGACGUUAGUUAUUCUUGUACUAUUAUAUGUCUUAUCAGUGUGUCAUUUGUUAGCAUUGUACUAGUAACUAGAUUCUCACCCGUGCGAUGCACGGGACAUAUAUUAAGUAAUUAUUAUAUAAAAUGAUUUGUUAAUACUA